AUGGAAGCCAUCAAGAAGAAGAUGCAGAUGCUGAAACUGGACAAGGAAAAUGCCUUGGACCGGGCAGAACAAGCCGAGACGGAGCAGAAACACGCCGAGGAGAGAAGCAAGCAGCUGGAAGACGAGCUGGUCGCCAUGCAGAAGAAGCUGAAAGGGACGGAAGACGAGUUGGACAAAUAUUCGGAGGCCCUGAAAGACGCUCAGGAGAAGCUGGAAGUGGCUGAGAAAAAGGCGGCCGACGCUGAAGCCGAGGUGGCCUCCUUGAACCGCCGCAUCCAGCUGGUUGAGGAGGAGCUGGACCGGGCGCAGGAGCGGCUCUCCACGGCCUUGCAGAAGUUGGAGGAGGCCGAGAAGGCUGCGGACGAGAGCGAGAGGGGCAUGAAAGUCAUUGAAAACCGAGCCCUGAAGGACGAGGAGAAGAUGGAGCUGCAGGAGAUCCAGCUGAAGGAGGCCAAGCACAUCGCUGAGGAAGCCGACCGGAAGUACGAGGAGGUGGCUCGUAAGCUGGUGAUCAUUGAAGGAGAUCUGGAGCGGACCGAGGAAAGAGCUGAGCUGGCUGAAUCCCGUUUGCGAGAAAUGAACAAGCAGAACCAGCUGAUGGAUCAGAACUUGAAGUUCCUUUCUCAGGCUGAAGAAAAGUACUCCCAAAAAGAGGACAAAUAUGAAGAGGAAAUCAAGAUUUUGACUGACAAACUCAAAGAGGCCGAGACCCGGGCUGAGUUUGCAGAGAGAUCAGUAGCCAAACUGGAGAAGACCAUUGAUGAUCUGGAAGAUAAGCUGAAAUGCACCAAAGAGGAGCAUCUGUGCACGCAGCGGAUGUUGGACCAGACCCUGCUCGAUCUGAACGACAUGUAAAAGACCCUCGGCAGCCCCCUCCC